UCGUCAAUCAGAGGGGGAAAAAUGGCAGCAAGUGCAGCUACAAUGGCGAUGCUCAAUGCGAAAUGCUUAAGCGUCAACUCAAACAAGAUGGCCAAUCCGAUGUCAAAACCAAGCCCAAAAACAGUCUCUCUCAUUUCAAUCUCAAAACCAAACCUUUCCUCUCCUUCUUCUUCGCUUACCGGGACCGCCAUUGCCGGAGCUAUCUUCUCGACGCUGAGCUCAUGUGAUCCCGCCUUCGCGGCGCAACAGAUAGCCGAGAUAGCCGUGGGAGACAACCGCGGUCUAGCCCUGUUGCUACCCAUCAUCCCUGCCGUCGCUUGGGUUCUCUUCAACAUCCUCCAACCGGCACUUAACCAGCUUAACCGAAUGAGGAGCACCAAGGGAGUGAUCGUUGGGUUAGGGCUCGGAGGGUUGGCUGCGUCGGGGUUUAUGUAUACGCCGGAAGCAUCGGCCGGUGAAAUCGCCAUAGUGGCCGAUGCUGCUUCGAGUGACAAUAGGGGUACACUCCUCUUCGUCGUGGCUCCGGCGCUGCUUUGGGUGGCGUACAAUAUUCUGCAACCAGCUUUGAACCAGCAUAACAGGAUGAGAUCUCAGUGAGAAAGUGUGGAUCUUUGUAUUGCACCAUGUUAAUGGAACUUUCUCUUUAAUUACUUU